GCCCUCUCACUUGUGCUCGCCCCUCAGCGCAGACAUGUCGAGGCAGGCGCGGCUCAUGGACGUGCUGAAGAAGGAGGUGAGGUCGCUGCUGAUGGCCGCCAAGGAGGGGCUCAGCCCGGCGCAGCUGGAGCAGGAGUACCGGGCCAUGAUCGGCAAGCCACUGCCCCUGGGCGAGCUGGGCUUCCUGAGCACCAUGGAGCUGGUGGCCGCCAUGCCCGAGGUGGUCACAGUCUGUCCCCACGGCAAAGACGCCUUUAUCCUCAAAGCUGUUGCAGAUGAGACCACCAAAGACAUUGCCAAGCUGAUAUCCAAACAAAGGACAAGUGUGAAGAGCCGGAGCGCUGCCCCAAGGGCCAGUGGUUUCCAUUGCUCCAGGAAUCAGCAGAGGCUCCCUCGGCGGGGCAGGGCUCCUCCUGUCCUGCCUGCAGCAGUGAAGAGCGAGCUGAAGGAUCUGCUGAGUUCCUCCCCUGUUCUGCUCUCAGACUUCAAUAAGGCCUUCUCCAGGCGUUUCGGUCGGGCGUUCAAGUACAUGCAGUAUGGGUUUUUUUCCAUGCUUGAAAUGCUCAGGAGUGUGUCUGAUAUUAUCGCAAUUGAACAGUCAAGAGCAGGCUCUUUGCUGACCCUGAAGAAGAGCUCAACUGAAGAGCAGCAGGAAAAGACCCUGCAGGUCCCUGCAGUUGAGAUACUUCCUCCAGACCCCAGCUGUGACACAGAAAGCUUCCAUGAGGCCGUUGAAGGGAAGUCAGAACCAGAGGAAUCGCAAGCAGUGCAUGGUGGUGAUAAACUGAAACAAUUGGAGAAAGACUUCAAGAUAAUGCUGUAUAAAAAAGGAGCUGGAGAAACAGUAAGCUUGGCCCUCAAGGAGAAAAUUCGAAGUGUCGUAGCCAAGUAUCCAGAUGGUUUACUUGUUUCCAAGCUCCAUCGUGAGUUUGAGGCACACUUUAAAGAGAGUCUCUCUGUGGGGAAGCUUGGCUUUGUAGACAUGUUGGAGUUUGUCUGCAGCCUUCASGACGUCCUCCAUGUUGAGCGCAGGGAAGAUGAGCAAGACUGGAUGGUGUUUGACCUCAAAUCAAGGUGCUUAACAGAUGUUCCACCAGAUGAGCAGCGGCCAUGUGAGGACUCCUCSUGUUGGUCGCUGCCCCCUCCUGCUGCCGACGUCUCCCGGGACUUCUCUCCCAGAAAGCCUGAGGAUGCGGACCUGAAACAAAGCAACAAGUUCAGCGUGCUCACAAAGUCACCGCCUGGAGCUCUGGAGUGUUCCCUGCUAGCCAUGGAGGUGCCAAUGCCAGAAAUCCCCCUGGAUGCUGUUCAAAGCGAGAGCCUCUGCCGCUUGCCACGGCUGGAGAGAAGCUGUUUGGUGGGAGUCUUUGUGGAGUUCAUCGUCUCUCCUAGCCAGUUCUACAUCCAGGUCUGCAGCAAGGAGACGUCCGAUAAGCUGCAGGAUCUGAUGAUUGAGAUGAGACGCUGUUACUCAAAUAAAAUGGUUUCUGAUCGUUACAUCAUGCCCGAGUCCUCAGUGCAGCCCGGGCAACUUUGCUGUGUCAUGAUCUCCGAGGACAAGUGGUGGUACCGMGUUAUCGUCCACCGUGUGCUCAGUGAGCACAACGUGGAGGUUUUCUACGCGGAUUUUGGAAACCUGGGCCUUGUUCCAAGGUCUCGCCUGAGAUUCCUCAAGUGGUGCUACUUGAAGCUCCCUGCUCAGGUGAUCCCAUGUUCCUUGGCAUGGGUAAAACCCAUAGAGGGCACGUGGACUGAUGCAGCAACCCUCCAAUUCCGGAGACUGUGUGGCUCAAAGCUGCUUGUGGGCAUUGUGGAUGAAUAUGUGGAUGACGUUUUGCAUCUCUUCUUGUGUGACACAUCCUCCGAGUGGGAUAUCUACUUCCACAAYGUCUUGAAGAGUGAAGGACAUGCAGAGAUCUGCAGAGAAAACAUCCCUUCCCAGGGAUUCCGGGAGCUGAAUCCAUUGGCCUUGUAUGCCCAGCCCAGUGCAAAGCAGGAGAGUGCUGGAGUGGGAGAGCCUGAGCCUCCCUUGCAGCUGGAAUCUCUAGGUGCAAACAGUGCAACAGCCAGUUCAAGGCUUGACAAGGGUGACCUGUGUGACCAGGAUGAGGCAAGCUGGUCUCCAGGGAUGCCAUACCUAGAGCCAGUCUACAUGGCCUCAGAUUUCUGGGACAAGAAGAAACUCCCUCUGCAAACUGUUGAGGAGGACACUCGUGUCAGUGGCGGCACCGUAGCUUUGGAUGCGGUGGCGUUUCCCAUCCAGUCUGUCAGUGAUGAAGGAAAAAGUGAGAAACAGCAAAUCCAAGAGCCACUACAACAGGCAUGGCUCUUUUCAGCUGAGAAAGAGAUAUGGGAUGAUAUGUGGCCGCCUCUGAGUCAGSUAGAUGUCCCAAAAACAAUGAAUGAAGAACCUGAAUUUGCAAAGGAGCAUACCAAUGAAAGCACCCCAGAGCUUACGACAGUGGUUAAGACACCACAUUCUCUUGGAGAGUCCUCCAAGUCUGCUGUCUUAUCCAAGUCACUGGAAGACUUUUACAUCUCCCUCAUCUACUCCAGCCAGCCAGCAGAAACAAGCCGAGAAGACCCUGAUCAGACAGAAAGCUGUUCUAACAAGGCCCGACUUUUUGAAGCUGUACCUGCCUCUGUUCUGCUUCUGGCAACACCAUUUGUCUUGGACCAGUGUAACAGUACGAAUAGAUUUAUAAAACAAAGGACGAGGACCUCCCUGAGACAGAUGCAGUUGCCCUUGGCAGUGCCAGUAGGCCGGCUGACCAGGAGGCCCAUCAGAAGCUCUAUGUUCCUCCUACCUCACCCUCUGCAACGCUGGGAGCUGCUGCACGGUUGGCUGCUUCCAGUGGCCUCUUCCAGUGGUUCCCAAGCCUGAGAAAGGAGAUGUGAAGAGAGCAAAGAAGUUGAGAAGUUGUGCCUGAAGCAGCUGCCGAAGGGCACAGAGCCCUCGCUGCUCUGUCGCUUCUUUGGUCUGGAAGCAUUUCAUCCCUGGAUCUUGGGAUCUGGCAUCUUCCCUGAUAUGCCCUGUAUCUGUGUUAAAUGUAACGUUCACUUUUAGGAAAAUAGGCUAUGUUCCUGUUGUAUUGAAGUUGUACUGAUUUAUUCCUCUUUAAUGUUUUGAAAGAACAUCUGAGUGCUGUACUAUGUUGCACCCUCUGAGGUGCAGAGAGGGAAAGCUGAACCCUCUUAAGUGCAGCUUUGACUGUGACUAGGGGUACAGGCACGUGGUCAGAACUUCUUUUUCAGUUAUAUCCCAGCUUAGGCUGCCACCUUUCUGAAUGCUGCUAAGCUGGAAAAAAAAAAGAAAAAGAAUUAUCUACCCCAAGAAAAAGACACUUUAAUUUGUUGAUGAUUUAGGAUGCAGCACAUAUGAAGCCCCAGGAAUCCUCUCUUACAUAUUCUGAAGCUUGGUGUGUUGCCCAUGUUCUGCUCUG